CUGAGAAUUCAUCAUCUCAUUCAAGAAGGUCAAGUGAAGUUUAGGUGCCAGAACUUGUAGAAUCUGUUAUGGGAACAUGGAUGACUGUCAGGACAGUGCUGUAAGGCUUGUUCUUGUAGGAAAAACAGGAUGUGGGAAAAGUGCCACAGCCAACACCAUUCUAGGAGAAAAAACAUUUAUUUCAAAACUGACUGCUGUCUCUGUUACUCAGAAAUGCCAGAAAGCAUUCAGGGAAUGGAAGGGGAAGAACAUUCUUGUUGUGGACACUCCAGGACUCUUUGACACCAAGGAAAAGUUGGACACCACCUGCACAGAAAUCAGCAGGUGUGUUCUCUUCUCUGCCCCAGGGCCUCAUGCCAUCAUCCUGGUGUUGCAGCUGAACCGCUACACAGAGGAAGAGCAGAAAACUUUUGCAAUGAUAAAGGCUUUGUUUGGGGAGUCAGUCACCAAGCACAUGAUUGUCCUGUUCACCCGUAAAGAAGACUUAGAGGACAAAACCCUAAGUGACUUUCUGGAAGAAGCUGAUGUGAGUCUGAAAAACAUGAUUAAAGAGUGCGGAAAUCGCUACUGUGCCUUCAGCAACAGAGCAGACGGGGCUGAGAAGGAAGCUCAAGUGCAGGAGCUGAUGCAGCUGAUAGAGAGGAUGAUGCACAACAAUGCCCACUUUUCUGAUGACAUAUACAAGGACAUAGAACAAAGACUAAAGCAAAAGGUUGAUACCUUGGUCAAAAUUUUUACUAGUCAAUUGGAAAAGGAAAUUAAGCUGGUAGAAGAAGAAUAUGUCAACAAGCCACACAAAGAAAAGGAAGAAAGAAUAAAAUUGCUUAAAGAGAAAUAUGCUACUAGAAUAAAAAAUAUAAGGGAAGAAGCUGAGAAGAAAAUCUUUGCAGACGUUUUUAAUAUGAUUAGUAGUCUUUUUUCAAAAAUAAUGUCUUUAUUUGGGAAAUAA